AUCGCGCUCCUCGUUUGCGGAUCCUUCUCGUUUCUCUUCGUUCACCCGGUUGAUGAAUGGCGAUUUGAAAAAAUUGAAAAUCGCGCGGGUGAGACAGAGGAGAGAGAGAAUUGUGAUUUUCGGUUUUUUCGUCUCCCGCGAAAAACGUCAAUCCGCGCGGCGAUGAUGAUUCGCGUGUGACUCGAGUUCGCGCACCUGUCAGUGCGUUCGAUCGUUGGGGGGUUUGUUUUUUUUCUCUAUUUUUGUUCUUUUUUUGUUUUUUGUCUUUCGCGUACUCUCUCGCGCGACGAAGACGACGGCGAUGACGACGGAGGCCCCGAAGGUGGAGUUCGCGCUCGGCAGCGAGGUGUCACCGGGUCGCUUCUUCAAGAGCGCGUUCGCGCGUAACUUCAUCACCAACGGCCGCGACUGCAAAUCCCUGGAUUACGAGCUGCUCGACAACGCCGUCGCGAACGAGGAUCGCAACAACAACGCGCGCAACAACAACAACUUCAUCUCGCUCGUGAAUUUCGCGACCCAGAACAAAUCGGCGAUGAACGGCGGUGACGGCGACGACGAUGACGACGACGACGACGACGACGACGACGCCGCCGCCGCCGCCGCCGUCGCUGCGGAGCGAACCGUUCUCUGGGAGCAGCCGAAGCCGAAGGAGGCGGCACAGCCGGUUGCGGAUGCGAAUGAAUUGGAGAAACUUCGAAAGCAAUGCCAGUCGUUGAGGAAGGAAAACCGAAGGCUGCAGAGCGCCUUCCUGCAAAACGUUUUUCUCCAAGCGCGAGUCGACACGCUCCAAUGGCAGGUCAAACAGGUCGAAUCGAACAGACAGAUGUAUCGUUCCACGAUGGAACAGGUCGCUCAUUUCUUGGGCCGGGCUCACAGGAGCCUGGAGAUCCUUCACGCCAAGGAGAAUCCCAAAGAUAAGAGACGCGUGCCGCGUAGUCGCAGCGUUCACACGGUAGUGCACGCAGAUCCCUCGCCGAGUCGCGGCACCGCGACGCUGUCCCCGUCGACUUCGUCCCCGUUCACGCGAGCCAAAUCGGUCACGCAGAUCGGAUCGCCGAGCGUUACUUGUUUCCGCGAGUUCACCUGGUCGGUCUUGCGCCGAAACGACCCGGUGCACUGCACGUCGCCGCGCGCCAAGCCGCCACAGGAUCUCAGCAAGAGCAGUGACAGUUCAAUCGACAACAUUGUUUAUCGAGAACCCAAGCAAACGGAAUUGAAUCCGGACGAGAUACCGCCGGAGAAAUUGUCGCAGGAAGCGUUUAGAUUACUGAGGACCAUCGAGUCCCUGCUGGCGAUGCGAGAACCCGAUUUGGCGCGGAUCGAGGACACCAGCGGUUUCUCGACCUCGCCGACGGCGGACCACCAUCGUCAUCACGACGCAUCUCUCUCUCUGCCGAACGGUAAUUUCGCGAACUCGACAACCUUGACGGAGGCCGGCGCCUAUGUCGGAUGUCGCGGUAACGUCGAGUCGAGUGGCGGCCAGCAGAACGACAGCAGUCUCGCCAAACCAAUGUCGUCCAGUGUCGAGUUAAAUCGAAAUCUGCAGGCGUUCGUGCCGGGCGUGAGAAGAUCGCCCGACACAACGUCUUGGAAUUCCAGCAGCAGCAGCGGCAAGACGACCGAGGAGGAGGACACCGUCGCGCUCGCCGUCCCGUCGAACGGAACCACAUCGACCGGAACGCCGAAUUCGACACUGAGCAGAACCGCGAAACGAACGGAGAAGAAGGAAUCGGGAUCGGGUCAAAAAACGAAGAUCAAACCGGCCAGCAGUCCGGUGAGCAGCGCCGAGGGCGAGAGUGGAUUUUUCUCGAUCAGCUCGUUUCAGGAGGUCGGUUUGCCCUCCUCGACGACGCUGUCGGUCACCCCCGUCAAGGGCUGCCACACCGAGGUGGGCCUGCCGGAGGUGCCGCUGGACAAAACCAGACAUCGACGAUGGUCCUCCACACCGGCGGAAAUCCAAGCGCUCUUCAAGCAGCAUCGAGCGAGCUUCGGCGGUACAUCUCAACCCGCGACCGAGUCCGUCAGCGUGUGCUGGGUUUGAAUCGUGCGAGUAAACAAAACUAUACGAUCCCACCGCAAACGAUCGAAAUUUUAAUAACCGCCGACUCUUCGUAAAAUAAAUCGAGUCCGGUCGCGAACGCGCGGGAUUAACGAAGCGAUCGAUUUCACAGAAACGAAAGAAGCGCGAGAUGGAGAAGCGUUCUUACUUAAUUAAUCAGUGACUUUUGUAAAUAUAAAAUUUCUGUUUUUAACAUGUUUGCGCGAAAAAAAAAAUUACGCAAUAUCGCAAUAAUGUUAAGACAGAAAGCGAGGAGGCCAAGCACGACGGAGAGAAAAAAUAACGAAUCGAAAGAAAACAUCUCUGUAAACGUAAACUGCUCUGAGCGUGAGUAGUAGAGUUUUGUAAAUGACGCGGCUAUUCUAUAAGUACAUAGUACGAGCGAUAUCUAGUUGUUACCUAUAUACACACAUUUUUGACAAUCGCAAUCAGCCAUAUCUCGCUCGUAAUUUUCUUCGCGAACUUUGUUGUUUCCGAUGUGUGAAACACACACACACACACACACACUUAGCUCGUUCAUGCGCGCGUCGCCGAUAACCUCGUACAUUUGUUAGUUUCAAUUUUGUUCAUUAGAAAUUUAGACUGACAUGCUCGACUGACGUUUGACGUGUUGAAUUCACAAUAAUUGUCGAUUGUUCUUAUUCGAAAAAAAAAAAAAAACGUCAUUAGUUAUAUUAUAUUUAAUAAAUUAGAUGCAUUAAUUAGAGACGUCGAGACGACGCUGAUCUGAUUCAGAAUUCGAACGAGAAUGAGAAAAAUUUUAAUAAUUUAUAUCGCAUCGUGGGCGAUAUGUAAUUUACAUAUAAAUUAAUGUAAGACGAUUUGUUGAAUGAGUAAUAAAAUGCGGAAACAAAAAAACAACAAAAGAAAAUGCACACGCGACCGAAAAUCAAUAUUAUUUUAAUCGAUUAAUUGAAAUAUUUGAGAAAAAAAACGCUAACUGUUAUAUUUUGUACGUAUUAAUGAGUUACACUUGUUUACUUUAACAAGAGAUUUGCAUCUUUUGCAACUUUUUUUUUUUUAAUUUUCAACUGUUAAAAUUGAAUUAUUCGCAUGUGUCUAAUCAUUGUGAUUGAUUUUGCAUUUAUUUUUAGCUUACAGCGUGACGAUCAAUUUUCGUAUAUGUAUUAUCCAAUUUCUCGAUAUAAUUGAUAAAAAAAAACACACACAAAUCUCAAUAUACAAUUGUCCAGUACACAAUAUACGACUGCGUGCUUUAAUUACUUAAUUUAAAUAGUGAAAAGAUCAGUUAUACACACACACACACAUAUCUCUUGACGUAACGAAACAGCGCGAUCUGAGAUUUCUAGUUCUAGAAUUUACGAAAACACAAAAUGUUCUCUGCAUUUUUCUCAUUGUGCGUAAUUUGUCAUUUUCACAAUUCGCAACUAUAUUGUAUAAUAA